UGGCAGCACCUUGGUAUUAUUUUGAAAUAUUACAAGCAGAAAUAUUAGAUGUUCUAGGUUGCCCUAUAAACAAACUGAAAGCGUGGUAAAUGGUUGAAACACGAGCUUGCUUAUAAAUAAUAAAAUGUAUUAAUCCGAUUUUAAUGCACCUUGGCAACUCUGAUUCCGCUGCUGGUCGUGAUUUUCGCCAUCUUGGCCACGAAUCUUUCUUUCGUGCCUGCCUGUCAACACGCGCGCAUGCGUUGCUGGAUUCCGAGAAUUUGUGUCAGAGAAUUAUUUUCUGAGAAUUUCUUGCGUUGAAAAGCUAAAAUGCCAAGAAGGAAGUGGGUCCGAAGCAAGUACUCGGUGCACUUGCCCAGGGGCGAAUUCGUCGAAAUAGUUCCCCAAAUGGGCGGCACCGGCGCAGGAGAAAGUGAAUCGUCCGCCGGGUCAGGUCCUCGGAUGACCGUGAACACUCUUUCAGCCAUUUCGCAGCUUCCCAGCAGCACUGAAUAUGAGGCACAUGAGGAGCCAAAGGAGGAUUGCAGCGGGUGCCGUAGUAAAGAUGAGACUGUGAAGAGUACCCGUUUUCAAAAGGAUGCUCCAAAUACAAGCUUGAUAAUGCUUCGCAGUGGAAUCUGCGCCCAUUGUCGUUCAGCGAAGAUCAAAACAAGGAGAAUAAUGAUUAUAGCAUUAAGCAGUGUCCCCAAAAUGCUGGAAAUACACCUAAUAAAGGUAAUGCCGAGUACUUCACGUGGCCACAACUCAUGGAUCCAGAAUAACCCAAAUAUGCUGCCCCCUACUGUCCCAAAGUGGGACAAUCAUAGCUCAGGUUGCAUUAUCAUCUCCAGCGAUGACGAGGAGUUGGCUGGUCAGAAAAAUGUAGCCUUUAGGAAGAGCCACAUGCUGACUACUACAAAAAGGAGUCAUUCAUCUAUGGAGGAACAUCCAAAGGAAGAUCCAAUUUUUCCCAAACUUGAUAAAAACGAUACCAAAGUGAGGGAGAAGCUCAGACUGACUGGCAGUAAUAUACCGCCCAUUGAGCACUCGAUGCACUCCGACGACUUUGUUUUCCAUCAGAACCUGGAUAACAAGAUUGCCGUAAAGACAGUGAUGCCAAAGUUUCUUUCCAAGCUGCAGUCCUCCUUAGUUUGCCAGCCGUCGUCCAGUAAGGAUAAUUCGAACGAGAAUCCAAUGUGGGUUCUUCUGCCGCCCAAAUGCAUUGCUCCGAUGGGCGGGAAUGACAAUGCAAAGAGUCUUAUGCCCGAAUUGCUGCCGCUUCCUUCAACUUCUAAAGCGGCGAAAAAGGAGCCUAUGGAACAGGACUUUCCAACCUGCAGCAAGGAUGUUUCCAAAGGAAAGUGUGGCUCUAGCAGCAAACACAACCUGGCAAAUAAAAAUACUGUGGCAGGAAAAAAGCAGGUCAAAAGGGGUCGUCCAAAAAGCGUUUGGCACAAGGGCAACCUCUGCGAGUGCGCUUUGCGGGAAAUGCAGAACCCAGAACCCUCAAAGGCCGACGUGGAAAGCUGGCGGAGCACCGAGGCGAUCUGCAUGCGCCUAAGGGGCAUCGAUGUGCCGGAUAAAAUUGGUUUACUGGAGGAAACCCCAUCCUUUGAGGACAUUUUCGAUGUUUUGGGUAUCAAAGAGGAGGAUCCCAAAGCGAUUAGCCCCCCUUAAUUUCCCUUAACAAACAAUGAGGAUGCCAUUAUCGAUUCAGAAGACGAAACGUAUCGAAUGGAUAUAAAGUCGA